CCGGAAGCAGAAUUCGGUUUGAGUGACAGCUGCAGGAAACGCGCGACUGAAAGACUCUUUUCAUUAUACUCGAUAAGAAAAUCAUGUAGUCAUGACAGAGAUUCUUAUUGGACUGCGUGAGUGAUUUUAUUCCUGAUGUCUUUGGCUCAGCGCGUUCUUCUCACUUGGGUCUUCACGCUUAUCUUCCUCAUCCUCCUGGUUCUGAAGCUCGAUGGGAAGGUGAAAUGGAGCUGGUUCCUCAUCUUUCUGCCCGUCUGGAUCUUUGACAGUGUGCUGCUGCUGAUGUUGGGUGUAAAAGUGGCCGGGCGUUGUCGGGCUGGUUAUGACCCGAGACUCAAGGUCUGGUACCUGCUGGCUUUAUUGCUGAAGGUCGGGUUUUGUUUGACUCUGUGCGCGCGACUCGACCAGCUGACUAACCUGCGGCUCGUGUUCAUCUGUGUGCCUCUGUGGACGCUCCUCACGGGAGCCAUGAUUGAGCUCGGCUACAACAUCCUGCCACAACACACACACUAAAACACGACACUUUACACACAUAACAUGAAAACUCAACCUAAUGUCAUUCCCACCACAAAUGAAUCAUUUUAUAUAAAAAUGCUGUUAUGGUCUCAACAUGUUAAAAUUCAAUUGUCACAAUAAUUCAUCUCUAAAGUCGUCCAAAUGACUUAAUAAAUGUAUUCUGACGUUAAACAAUUAUGUGUGUGAGAGAAACCCAUUCAUAUCUUAGGCGUAUCUAUGGCAACCAACAGAUGAGCACGGUAAAUUCAAAUAUGGCGGCGGCAAGUUACGACGAAGUUUCCUUACUGUUGUUUGCUAAAUAAAGUAAAACUGCAUGAAA